GGGGGUGGGACGGGACCCCGCUAAACCAAGGCAUUUCAUCCGUCACCCCCGUCAUCGCGGUGGGUACCGAGGGGGAGCUCUUCGUUUCUUGCUAUAAGAAAAGGAGGGGAAAAUAGAUUCAGACGGGCUCCCGCAGAACGAAAGUGUGGAGCGGAUUUCAUUUAGUAGCUGGAAGGAAGCAAAAGAGAAGCUGUCAUUUGUGUGUGUGUGUCCCUAUACGAGGGCCUCCUGGUUCCUUGUUAGCUUAUAGAGAGGGGGGAAAAAAAAAAAAAAGAGCGUUUGAUGUUACGUCUGACCAGCUGCUGUUCUCCAUAAUAACAAGAGAGAGAACUGCCUGCCCUGGCGAGUUGCGUCACUUCGCUUCAACUUUAGGCUAGAAAUCAAGAGAGGGAGAGACGAGUUUCAAGGGAGGCAGGAGCGAGCUGGAAAGCCCUGCUGCCGCCUUCCUCCCACCCACCUACCCCUCCUCCUUUACCCCUCUCCUUUCCCCACCCCCUUUCCCCCACCUCCAGAAAAAAAAAAAAAAAAAGGAAAAGGCAAAAAAAAAAAAAAGGAAACCUUUCCCAUCAGAGAAAGAGGGAGAUCUCUUUGGAAACAUGGAGCUGCUGUGCUGCGAGGUGGAUCCCAUGAGGAGAGCUCUGCCUGACCCAAACUUGCUCUACGAUGACCGCGUUUUGCACAACUUACUAACCAUAGAGGAGAGGUAUCUGCCCCAGUGCUCCUACUUCAAGUGCGUCCAGAAGGACAUCCAGCCCUUCAUGAGGAGGAUGGUAGCCACUUGGAUGCUGGAGGUCUGUGAAGAGCAGAAGUGCGAAGAAGAAGUUUUCCCUCUGGCCAUGAAUUACUUGGACAGAUUCUUAGCUGUGGUGCCCACUCGAAAGUGCCAUCUGCAACUGCUGGGGGCAGUGUGCAUGUUCCUGGCCUCCAAGCUGAAAGAGACAAUCCCCCUCACAGCCGAGAAGCUGUGCAUAUAUACGGACAAUUCCAUCAAACCCCAAGAGCUGCUGGAAUGGGAGCUGGUGGUGCUGGGGAAGUUGAAGUGGAACCUCGCAGCGGUCACCCCGCAUGACUUCAUUGAACACAUCCUAAGGAAGCUGCCUCUACCUAAAGACAAGUUGCUUUUGAUCCGGAAGCAUGCACAAACGUUCAUUGCCCUUUGUGCCACAGAUUUUAACUUUGCCAUGUACCCACCGUCAAUGAUAGCAACUGGAAGUGUGGGGGCAGCCAUCUGUGGCCUUCAACUUGAUGACGGGGACAGCCUCACGGACCUCCUGGCCAAGAUCACAAACACAGAUGUGGACUGCCUUAAAGCUUGUCAAGAACAGAUCGAGGCGGUGCUAGUAAACAGCCUUAGUCAAGUCCGGCAGCAGCAACAGCAAAGCAAUCCUUCUAAGACGGUGGACGAACUGGACCAGGCCAGCACUCCCACAGAUGUGAGAGACAUCAACCUGUGAGGACAUCAGCACAGAAAGUCACGCUUGCUCCCCCAGCCCUUCUAUUUUUGUUAUUAUUUUUAGAGUGAUUUUUUUUUUUAAUCUGCUCCCACAUAGAACGUAUUUAAAGCUCUUUUAGGUAAAAAAAAAAAAAAAAAUACAAAAACUGAAUAAUGAAAAUUAAAAAAAAGCAUUUGGUGCCUGUGAUGUUCUACAGAAGGGAAUCCCACAAUAUAUUUGGUAAUUGCUAUUUGAUUAUGUAUCAGUGAUAUUAAAUGCUUAUAAAAGCAUACGAAGUAGCUAGAUAAAUGUAAGCCUGCAUUUGUGGGAACAAAGUAGAGUAUACUUGUCUGUGUAUUAUGACCUAGUGCAUACACCCCUUUUUUAGAUUUAAGAAAGGAAUCGUGUGUGCGGUUUUAUGGCUUGACUAGAUUGCAAAGCAAUAGAAUAAGGGGUUUAGGGCAAAGUGGGAAAAGAUCCCUGAAGCAAUUGAACCAUUUUGGAUGCAGAAGAGAUUUGCUGAUCUGUCACCUCUGUUAUUAGUCAGAAGUGUUUGUUGGAUCUCUGUAUGUUAGUUUUGUUUACUCUUGCUGUCUGUGGUAGCUGCUACCUAAGAAAGAAGAUGCUUUAUUUUGCCAGCCGGAAGAGCAGGUGGUUUUUUGUUGUUGUUGUUGUUGGGUUUUGUUUAUUUUUCUUGGGUUUUUUUUUAACUUCCCCCUUUCCCCUCUCGACUUUUUCUACUUUUCCUUCAGAAAUGGCUCAUUCUAAACACAGCAGCAUCUUUGGCAUAAGGGCAGUUCCGAUUACCCAACUGUGGGCCAAGCCAAAGUUACCAAGUGUUCACAUUAGAUGGGGGAAUGCACCAAUUAAAUCAGACCACCUCUGACCUUUGGAUUGCAAGAUGCAGUGGAUCAUCUGUGAAAAGCAUUAUAUUCCUUUACAGUGCUAAUGCUUCACGUCAGUGUUAACUUGUGGCAGCUCCUUAGCUUGGCCGUAAAGACAUUUAAAUGAUGCUCUGUCCAUCUUCAUUUUUAACAUAACCUCAUUGUGUUAAAGAAGAUGAGAUUCGGUUUGGUCCCUCUUCCAGCUACCCACCUUCCCCCACUGCCCCACACACGUUUUCAGCAUUUCAUUAACUUUAUUGAUCCACAGUGAGCGUUUUUGUAAACCAUUUCAUUCGAAAAGCACUUUGAAAAUUGUUCCUAAGGGAUUAAAUGAGAUGGUUUAUGACGAUUUUGCCAAGGAAA